AUGGACAGGGAUUAAAGAGCUCCAAAUUUAUACAACAUAAAUAUGUUAGCUUAUGUUUUACCAAAAAAAGCAGCAUGCAUGAUGUCUGAAAACCCAUGUAACUGCCUACACUCCCUUUUUUCUCUCUAAUUUCAUCUCUUCCAUUCCUCCGCACUCCCCAAUAUACCAUAACAUUGUACAAUCAAAGCCUUCAAAGUAAGUUCCUCAUUCUUUUUUCUGAUCCAGUUUUCCAUCCUUCAUGAAUUGUAAAAGUAGUUAUUAUAUUGCAAUUUUCCUUGUCAAUCAUGGAAAUAGAAGGGGGAGGAUCUGCUAGAAAUGGACAAUCCUGCAUAUGAUCAUGUCUUUCUCUAUCUACAUCUGGGAAUGAAAUUGUUGAAAAACAUUAUUAUUAUAGUUGUGGAUUGACAUGUUUUAUGAAAAUGUAGAAUUCAAACCUUAGAAACUGACAUGGAAGAUAUCGAUAACCCACCUUAAAAUCAUGUCAAAUUGUUGUUUUCAAAGCAUUAUCUUCCUUUGGAUUUCAUAUUUUAGAGCUAUAUGUACAGAACAAACUUUCUAACAUCGUUGUGAUUAUCUGCAUUGUAUGAAAUUGAACAUUAAGAAUACUCUUAUUUCAGGAAACUGCCAGAUAGAUUUGGUAUUUCUGGCGGUCUCUAUGUAAUUUCUUCAAAAUGUUUGACUCUGGUUACAAGUCACAGUAUAUUGGAGGCCAGAAGGAGAAGUUCGUAAGGUUGGAUGAUCUGGAUUCGAAUUUGUCGUAUCCAUCAAGCUCAAGUGGGAUGAAAAAAUUAAGGUUCAAUUUAGAUUCUCUUCCAAUUCCUGGUCGUGGAAAAAAAAGAGCAUCGAAAUCGUUUAAGCUAGGAGUGAAGAAGGGUUCGGAUGGACUAAAAACAUUUGGAAGAUCACUCAAGAGUGGGGUGACUACAUGGGCAGUGUUCCCUGAAGACCUUAAAGUUUCAGAGAAAAAAGUGUUUGAUCCUCAAGACAAGACCCUUCUGUAUUGGAACAAGUUUUUUGAGAUUCUAUGUAUUUUUUCUGUGGCUUGUGAUCCCUUCUUCUUUUAUCUUCCUUAUUUCAACCACAAAUCAUUUUGCCUCGCCAUAGAUAAUGAGCUAGCAAGUUUUGCUGUCACAUUGAGAACAAUAUGCGAUGCCGUUUAUCUCAUCCGCAUAAGUUUUCAGUUCCGCACUGCUUACAUUGCACCAUCAUCUCGGGUAUUUGGACGAGGUGAACUUGUCAUAGAUCCUACACAGAUUGCUAAGAGAUACUUACGACGUUAUUUCAUCAUUGACUUCGUUUCUGUGCUCCCUAUACCACAGAUUGUAGUGUGGAAAUAUCUUUACAGAUCAGGACGUGUAAAGGUCUUGGAAACAAAAACGUUACUGCUGAGAAUUGUGAUCCUGCAAUAUUUUCCAAGAUUUAUACGUUUUUUACCUUUAGCAUCUGAAGUUAAAAAGACAGCUGGUGUUUUUUCUGAGAACGCACUGCUCGGGGCCAUGUACUAUUUGAUAUGGUAUAUGCUUGCUAGUCACGUAAGUUUCAACUCUUAA